AGGGAAGCGACACUGAAAGUAAUGACUCUGCUAUUAUCCGGACAUCUGGAAUAGAUGGAGAUGUUCCUGGUGGUUCUCAUAUUCAUCGUGCUGGGAGGCUUAAAGCAUGAAUCACAUGUGGAGUCUGUGGCAGUGAACGUGGCUCUACAGGGUCUCGCCUUCCAGUCCAGCACAGUCCCAGGGCAGGGUGAAGCUCACUUAGCAAUAGACGGCAACACUAAUACUGACUUUCUGAAAGGGUCCUGCAGUCAGACAACCAGCGAGUACCAGCCAUGGUGGACUGUGGACCUAAGACGUGGCUACCUAAUUGCCAAUGUCACCAUUACUAGCCAACUCAGAACCCUGACCUCUCAGGUGCCUUGGGCUGAGAUCCACGUGGGCGAGAGUCUCCAAGGCUAUGGAGUGUCUAACCCCAGCUGCUCGGUCAUCACCUCCAUGACUGCGGGUGCAACAAUGACCUUUCCAUGUAAAGGAAUGAUCGGACGAUACAUCACUCUGGUCAUACCGAACCGCAUCGAUACGCUGACCUUAUGUGAGGUUCAGGUGGCAGUCCUAAAUGUACCAGAUCUGCAGCUCGGACUAACGAUUAAAAGUGUGUCUGCUUCUGGACCAGGCCUCUUACCAAGCACAGAAACGAUUGUCCAGAUGCUCAAGGCGAAAACAAAGAUGAAGAUCAGGACACUGAGCCGGGGAAUUGACAACUUCCUACAACGAGAUAACCAAACCUGCGUCCCUAUGAGGUCUCCAUGAUCUUUCGUGCAAUUGAGGAGCAGUCAUACCCAGGACACAGCACAAGGGAGAAUGUUAGAAAAAUCCAGAUGCAAUAAAAAUAGGAAACCAACAUUCUUCUCUCCCUGUACAUAGGAUUACUGUAUGCAAAAGUAAAAAUUAAAAAGUAAAAAUAGCAUAAACUACCUUUUUAACACAUUUUCCUUCACCUUGUUUUAGCAGUAGGGUCUCAGCCCCUGGACAUACCUAUGAUGUCAGGACUGAGUUUGAUAAAGCAAGUGACCCUUAAGUAAUGCAAGAUGUGAAUGGGAUUAUUAAAAGAUCCAUUUUACUAAUACUCCAGAGCUGGUAAGGGCUCCUUGCUUCAGCUAAUAAAGGACGAGAGUCUGGGAUUCCAAUCAGGCGACCCCACCCCCACUGCGUUAGGGCUCAUGCACACAAACAUUUUCUGUGUCCGUUCCGUGUUUGGUUCUGCAUACGGUCCACAAAAAAAACAACAACCACACACAAGUUACUCCAUGUAUAGUCAGUUUCCGUAUGCCCGUUCCGCAAAAGGACAGAACACAUCCUAUUAUUGUCC